GGGGCUCAAAGCUAGCAAGAGGAAGCUCAGACACAUUUUUCUGAUUUAAAAAAGCGUUUUAAACAGCCGUGUAUCGAUGCUCUGGAAGCUGUGAUAUACAGAGAGUCUGUACCGGGAGAGUCGACAGUCGGGUUGACUGAUAUACAUACUAAGUGUGCGUACUGGAGGCUUUGCAGAUAAACAGUCAUGACUGAAAGAAGAUUCGUGUUUGUCAAUGAAGAAGAGCUGUUCGGCAUGAUGAAGGACAUCGACUGCCUGUACUGUAGGAUUCCAGUUACUGGAUCGAAACAUCACCUCAAAAAGAGACACCUCAGAUUCGCCGUCCAUUAUAAAGACUCUGACAUUGGGAAGUUCUCGAUCCCAUGUUACUGCUCUGAUGGAGGUCAUGGCAGGAGUCACUGGCAUUGCCCAAUGUGCAAAAAAAAAUUGCAGAGGACAAAGGAUUUCAGAAUCCACAUCCACAACCAUGGUGUUAAGAUGACCGACAAAUCCACAGCUGAGCUAGAACCUACAGCAGUUCUCCUGGAGACUCUACAAAACAACAACAACAGCAGCAGCAGCAACAGCAAUAACGAAGACACGACACCAAGUACCAAUAAGCUAACAUGCCAGAAGUGCGGAGUCUACUUCACCACCGCGUCGAAUUUGCGACGACACGAAAGGCUGCAACAUGAUCAACAUGAUCAAGACCAGCAGCCCAUGUUAUGCAUAGAUGCCAAAAAAGCCAUCUACGUGACGCCCAAGGAUCUGCACGGCCCCAGAGUGCCCAUUCACAUCCGCAAGUCCUUUGCCCUGCAGAUUCUGCUGUGUGAGCUGGAGGAAUGCUGGGACUUCAUGAAGAGCCAGGCCCAGAAUGGGAAUCCAGGGAAAGAGUGCCGUCACCUGGUCAGGACGAACCAUGCGCGGGCUUACACCAUGCCUCCUCCGCUGUGUGUGAUCUCUCUGGAGGAAAUGACCCACAAAAACCUCCUGUCCAAAGCGGAGGCUGAAGACUGCCAGCAAAUGAACUCCAAAGCAUGUUCAGAGGGAGUCGACUGCGUCUACCCUAUUCUCUGGGGGGAGCAAGACCUUCUAUUGGAGCGCUGCAUUUAUUUUUCCGUGCACACGGGGCUCAAGGACAAAUGGUGUCAGUUUGGAAGGACGCGCGUCUCAUUUGACACCAGAUCCAAAGUCUGGAAGUGCCAGUGUGAACGUGGAGGAGACGACCGCUGUAUACACAAGUGCCUGUCCAUGUGGUGGCUGUUUCAGGAGCGUCCCGAGCUGCUGGAGAAUACCAUCGAAAUCAACAUCGAGAAAGUGGACUUGAUUGAGGAGGUGGUCAUGGAUGCAGAACAUGCGAAUAAAAUGUCUGCAGAGGUCGAUGAGCUCUGCUAGGUUCAUCUAUCAGAAGUGCAAGCUCAUUUUCUGUGAUUAAAACACUGGACGUGCUGUUGAUGUUAUCGUGGAAUUAAUUAAAGGCACAGUAUGUGGUUUUGGUCACUAGAGGGCACGUGUUCACAACAAAUAAAAAUGUUUAGAUGACUGUAAAGGCUGAUUUAUUCUUCUGCGUCAAGCGCACGCGUAUGCUACGGCGCAGCCUACAUGUGGACGCAUAGUCCUCACCGUGGCCGUCGCUGACACGCACCUCUUAAAAAAUGUAACUACACGUCGCAACGACUCGUAGCGCAAGCUCUGUGAUUGUUCGGCUUGGUAGUGCUGACGAGUGUGGGCGGAGGUGAGAGUUGCGUGAACCCGAUGCAACGAGUGUUUACUAGUGUGGAGUCAUGUGAAUGAGCUCCGGAUGGAGACUGUUGUUUUGUGUUUACCUUAUGAUUAAAGUUGUUGCACGUCCGCUGGUUCCUGCGUCAAAAUGAGCGAGUUUGAGCCACUUGUACUUUUAAGGUAGCGUUCAGAAAAAACGAAAACACCCGCAAAGAAACUUGACACAGAGGAACAUAAACAUCUACUGCCAGCUUGCGUUUCGGAAGUGUUAUAAGUAUAAAUGCAUGACCACAUGCACUGCAUGCGCCGUGGGUCACGCCAAUCACUUGAUGCAGAAGUAUAAACCAGGCUUCAGACUAAGGCCAAUCCCAAUUCUACCCCUACCCCUUGUUUUGCGCAUUCCUGUAAAGGGGUGUCCCAAUUCUGUUUAGCUUGAAGGCGUAGGGCUAAGGGGAAGGGGUAGAAAGUCCUUCGAAUGGAGAUUUUUCAAGACCACACUCUAAAACCAAGGGGUAAGAAAAUUUCCUUGAAUACACCAGCCACAAUGGCAGGAUAGUCAUGCUUAAAAAAAACGCGCUAAAGGUAAAAUUUCGCUAUCUAUAAUCCCUAAUAACAACAACUCCUGUACAGCAGUUCCACAACAUUCUGUCACUCAGUGACACUGGAAUACCCUGUCAGAAAAGUCUAGUGGCUGGGAAUGGGAAUUUUUUUGCAGUGUCUGCUAUAAUGUUAGUUUUGUUUUCGUGUGUUUAUAUAGAUGAAUAUGGCCAUGGUGUAAAUGCACAGUACAGUUAUGGUUUUAUUGUCACAUUAGAUUAUCAUGAUAACAUGAUAUAUGUCUUCAGUGAUUUCCUGAAAAUAAAUACCAAAAAACAACACAACUGGAAUAACUACAGCAGUCGCGAUCAUCUAAUCUCAUAUGAAGCAAGAGAUCUCGAUGAUGUGUGCAGGUGCUGUCCUAUUUUUUAGGGUAAAUUUUGAAGCUCUUCCCAUUCACACUCCAUUUUAAGGGCCAAGGAGAAGGGGAAGGGGUACAAAAAUAGAAUUGGGAUUGGGCCUGAGUGUGGAAUCCUGGCAGUUGUGGUGUUCAUCUGAUGGGAGUCCUGUAGAAAUCAUGUUGAUUGAUGAGUAAAGUAUUCAACACUUAAUAUCAUAGUAUGAAGCAGAGUAAACCUGAAAGCCAUGAAGUGUAACUCGGAAGACAGCAGAGCUUUUGUUAUGCCACAGUCUGCCACUUUCUGUUCUUCGGCUCGUGAUUAUGUGAAGAAGCAAUGCUGUUUUAUCAGACUAAAUACAUUUAAAGUUUCAGUUAUAAUGCUGCUCUGUGCAGUCGGAUAAAACACACAACAUAUUAAAGCCUCUCUGCUAAUUGCUUGUGUUCUAGAAAACCAAACCAGAAAUCGAGGGUGCGUAACAUCAUUAGCAUAAACACACAGCACAUGCUAUGUCUC